AUGUAUACCUCCGGACCUGCGGCCGCCAUGGCAGAAGUCAACUUCAUCAAAUCAUACCUUUCCUCCCUCGACUCCCGUCCCAUUAAGCUCCCCGCCGACUAUGUCAUUGAUCCAGAGCGAGUCGGGCGAGUCCCUUACCUCCUCCCCCGCAUGCCAGCCCCCCACCCCGAAAUGCCCAAGAAAGUGAAACAGGCUCAAGCCCCCGGCUCCGCCAAAUCAAUCACCGUGAACUUAAAAUCCGCGCGGAAUCCUGUCCUCGAAAUCAAGCUUUCCAACAAGCCUAUCUCCACGACUUCCGUUCAGGACCUCAAGGAUGCAGUGCGGGACCGUGUGGCCGACGCUCAGUCGAACAAGAUUCCGCUGGACAAGAUCAAGAUCCUGUAUAAGCGCAAGCCGGUUACGGGGAAGACCAUCUCCGAGAUCUUGGCUGAUGAGCCGGAGAUGCUGGCUGGUGGGAAGGAGGUUGAGUUUGGGGUUAUGAUUAUGGGCGGUGCGAAGGUUGUCGAUGAGGAUCAGGAGAUGGUGGAUCGUGGUGCGUCGCCGAAGGCUGCUCUUGGACCUAGUGGGGAGAGUGUCCUGGAGACGGAGGAUUUCUGGGAGGAUCUGGAGGGAUUCCUGGCGCAGAGGAUUAAGGAUAAUGAAGAGGCGGAGAGGUUGCGGAACUUGUUUAAGGAGGCUUGGAGUUCGAGUCGGUGA